UGCGUGAGCUUGAAAAGUGCGUUUUAGAAUGAUUAGUGGUGGGCAGCGCAGAGGCAGAUUAUACGGCUCCACACAACUGUUGUUUUAAUCCCCUGGAAGAAGAGAUUUAGCAAGAAAAACCCCAGCCUUUAAACCCAGCAGCCAUAUUGUAUGGAAAAGCGACGGGAAGACUCUAAUUUUCAGAAGAAAAAAAAAAGACUCCGCUCCUCAGAGACCUGCUGGAGUUUUUGGGAGUUUUAAAUUUCCUUUCACAGGUUGUUGGGUUUCUGCUGCACAGCUAGCUCUGCAGCUGGCUGAGGAAUCCAGGCGCWGGGAAUAGUUUUCCAACCAAUUUAGUGCAAUACUGGUGUUGUCUUUUUGGAUUUGAACUGUUAUAUUACACAACUAAUAAUGAAGGACCGAUUGGAACAGCUGAAAGCGACUUGUGAUCAAGAUGAUGAGGAGGUGGAGAUCGCUGUGGACAACGCAGCCUUCAUGGACGAGUUCUUCUCUCAGAUUGAAGACAUCAGGAACAGUAUUGAUAAAAUUGACGAGAACGUGGCUGAAGUCAAAAAGCUUUACUCGGUCAUCCUGUCGGCUCCUACAUCGGAUCAGAAAACGCAGGAUGACUUGGAAUCAAUCACCAAUGACAUAAAGAAGAUGGCCAACAAUGCAAGAAACAAACUCAAGACCAUUGAGAGAAAUCUGGAGUCGGAGCAGCAGCAGGAGAGGGUGUCGGCUGAUAUACGGAUACGUAAAUCGCAGCAUGCAGUGCUGUCCAGGAAGUUUGUUGAGGUCAUGACAAAGUAUAAUGAAGCGCAGGUGGACUUCAGGGAGAGAAGUAAAGGACGUAUCCAGAGACAACUUGAGAUAACUGGACAAGCGAAGACGGAUGAAGAGCUGGAGGAGAUGUUGGAAAGUGGAAAUGCUGCCGUUUUCACUGCUGGGAUUGUGGACUCUGGGAUCUCAAAACAGGCUCUGAGCGAGAUUGAAUCUAGGCAUAAAGACAUCGUCCGUCUGGAAAGUAGCAUCAAAGAGCUGCACGACAUGUUUGUAGACAUCGCCAUGCUGGUGGAGAGCCAGGGUGAAAUAGUAGACAACAUAGAGCAGAAUGUAUCCCAGUCAGUGGAUCACAUUAUUCAGGCGAAGGAGCAGACCAAAAGAGCCGUAAGGUACCAGACAAAGGCCCGCAAGGGCGGGAUGAUUGACAGGAUUGAGAGCAACAUGGACCAGUCGGUGGGCUUUGUGGAGAGAGCUGUUGCAGAUACUAAGAAAGCUGCCAAGUUCCAGCAAGAGGCUCGGCGUAAGAUGAUCUUCAUCGGUGUGUGCUGUGCUGUGGUUGUAGUCGUCAUCCUCAUUAUCAUCCUCACUCAGACACUAUGAUAGGACCGCCGGAUCCCUACCAUCACCAUCAUGUGUUUUCUUCACCCAGAUUGUCCAUUUUGUUUCGUCGUCUGCUCAAAAAACAACAACAAAAACAACUGAUCCAAAUUCCUGUGUAUGGAUCAGUGCUGCUGGUGUUUAAAAAAAAAAAAUGGGGAAGAUGAUCUUUUGCGACUUCUUCAGUUCCGGACAAUCUACGGAUGCUCUGAUGAGGAAAUGAGAACUGAAAUGCGGCUCAGUACCUGCUUGCACCUCUGUUGGAGCAACAAAAAGGGAACUGGGAAAAUAACUGACUGUUUCCUCAUCACUCCUCCAUCACCGAACUUCUCAUUGUUUUUAACAUGUGAUGCCAAAGUUGCACCCUUGUGUGUGUUUGUCCUAAGCUCUUCUUUAAACCAUGCAGGAGCAAACACACACAUGCACAUACACCCCAGGUCCACUCUUCUUGCCUUAAUGAGCCUUGACACAUAUUACUACUUUAAAAGCUACUGUAUGUUUGCUUCUCCAGGUUAUGGUUGUUUUUAGAGAGUUCCAGCACUUUCACAGUUAAAAAUAUUGAAUUAAGCUACAGUUUAUGUAAUUAUGUUGUAAAUAAUAGAAGUCAUGUUUGUGCACUGUUGACAGUCUUGUAAGAAAAUGUUCUUUUUUCAAAUAUGAAGGACGACGUAUUUCAGCAACAUUUGAAAGAAAAGAGUAACAAGUAAUCCAUUGUCUUGAGACGGUGCCUUAAAUUUAAUCUUGGCAGAUAGAGUGUAAUAGAAACUGUUAAUGUACUACCAAAGAGUUUGCAGAGACUAGAAUUAACACUAGUAAAUAUAUAUUUGAUUUAACAAGUUUUUACAUAUAAAAGGGACAACUAAAUCAUAAGGAAAGUAACAACUUUUUAUGUGUAUUAAGUGAUUGUUUCCACCGUAAACGUACGGCUAAGCUGCCAGUUUCUGAAGUGUAUCCGUUCAAUUUCCUGUUAGAAUGAUGUGCAGAGACAUUUUUUUUCUUCAUGUUUAUACAUUUAUUUUGUCACCAGAUAAUUUACAAAGACUUUGAUAAUCAUUUUUAUUUAUAUAUACAUGAAAUGAAAAAGUAACAUCAUGGAGCUUUUAUUUUAAAUAUUGUAUAAUGCGGUGAACUUCAUAAGCUGGUAGUUAAGUUGAAUGUUUAUUGGUCACCAUUAGUUUUCUCUGUGGAUAAUAUUCCAGACUGACAGUUUACAAAACAUUACAUUGGCUUUAGCACUUACAGUAAAGAAGGUGGUUCUGUGCAUGUAAAGGCGAGAUGUCAUUUCAGUCGGUCAACAGGAGCCAAAGCAUUUUUUUUUUACAAGAUUCUGUGUCUUUACACUUUCAGGAAAUACUUGAAAUCAGCGUCCAGCAUGAUUUUUGUGGCCAUGCAGGUCACCGAAGGAAGAGUGGGGAAAAUUAAAGCUUGUUGCACAUUUCUUAUGUCAAAUAUUUCAAAAGAAUUAAAGAUUUGUUUUGUUUUUUUCUUAA